CAGAUCAAACCUUGGCAACUCAAGAAUUCUCAUCUGAAAUGUGGUCCUAAAUCCAUUGAUGGAUUUUGUAAAUCUUUUCACAGGAUAAAAAUGAGAAGGAAUUUGUCACCGGGAAUCUCAAACACAGUCCGCCAGUUUUGCUGUCUCUGUCUGGAUAUUUAAGAAGUCGAGCAAGGAUAUUCAAUCAACCAUCCUUCCUGCUCAGACUGUGGGGAGGGAUUUAUUCGGUCAUCUCAACUGAAGGUACAUCAGCAAGUUCACACUGGGCAGGGCCAUUCACCUGUUCUGUGUGUGAAAAAGGAUUCAGUUGGUCUUCCCGCCUGUGGACACACCAGUCAGUUCACACCACACCGGGCGGAGGCUGGUCAUCUGUUGAAUUUCUGGGAAAGGAUUCACUCAGUCAUUUGACCUAAUGGCUCACCAGCAAGUUCACACUGGGGAGAAGCCGUUCACCUGUUCAGUCUGUGGGAAGGGAUUCACUCAGGCAUCCAACCUACGGAGACAUCAGCGAGUUCACACUGGGGAGAAGCCAUUCACCUGUUCAGUCUGUGGGAAGGGAUUCACUCAGACAUCCAACCUACGGAGACAUCAGCGAGUUCAUACUGGGGAGAAGCCAUUCACCUGCUCAGAAUGUGGGAAAGGAUUCAGUGAGUUAUCCAACCUACUGGUACAUCAGCGAGUUCACACUGGGGAGAAGCCGUUCACCUGCUCAGAAUGUGGGAAAGGAUUCCGUGAGUUAUCCAGCCUACUGAGACAUCGGCGAGUUCACACUGGGGAGAAGCCGUUCACCUGCUCAGAAUGUGGGAAAGGAUUCCGUGAGUUAUCCAGCCUACUGAGACAUCGUCGAGUUCACACUGGGGAAAAGCCAUUUACCUGCUCAGAAUGUGGGAAAGGAUUUACUGAUUCAUCCACCCUACAGAGUCAUCAGCGACUUCACACUGGGGAGAAGCCGUACACCUGUUCAGAAUGUGGGAAGAGUUUUACUCAGUUAUCCCAAGUACAGAGUCAUCUGCGAGUUCACACUGGGGAGAGGCCAUUCACCUGCUCAGACUGUGGGAGCAGAUUCACUCAUUUAUCCAGCCUACAGAGACAUCAGCGAGUUCACACUGGGGAGAAGUCAUUCAUCUGCUCAGAAUGUGGAAAGGGAUUCAUUCAGUUAUCCCACCUACAGAGUCAUCAGCGAGUUCACACUGGGGAGAAGCCAUUCACCUGCUCAGUCUGUGGGAAGGGAUUCACUGAUCCUUCCAACCUGCAGAGUCAUCAUCGAGUUCACACUGGGGAGAAGCCGUUCACCUGUUCAGAAUGUGGGAAGAGAUUUACUCAGUCAUCCCAACUACAGAGUCAUAAGCGAGUUCACACUGGGGAGAAGCCGUUCACCUGCUCAGUCUGUGGGAAGAGAUUCACUCAUUCAUCCACCCUACAGCGACACCAGCGAGCUCACACUGGGGAGAAGCCGUUCAUCUGUUCAGUCUGUGGGAAGAGAUUCACAGAGUCAUCCCACCUAUUGAGCCAUCAGCGAGUUCACACUGGGGAGAAGCCAUUCACCUGCUCAGUCUGUGGGAAGAGAUUCACUGAUCCAUCCAGCCUACAGAGUCAUCAUCGAGUUCACACUGGGGAGAAGCCGUUCACCUGUUCAGAAUGUGGGAAGAGAUUUACUCAGUCAUCCCAUCUACAGAGUCAUCAGCGAGUUCACACUAGGGAGAAGCCGUUCACCUGCUCAGAAUGUGGGAAGGGAUUCACUCAAUCUUCCACCCUACUGAGACAUGAGCGUGUUCACACCGGUGAGAAGCCGUUCAAUUGCACAGAAUGUGGGAAACGGUUCACUCUGUCAUCCCACCUUCUGGAACACCAGCGAGUUCACACUGGGGAGAUGCCGUUCCCCUGCUCAGAAUGUGGGAAGAGAUUCACUCAGUCAUCCCACCUACAGAGUCAUCAGCGAGUUCACACUGGAGAGAGGCCAUUCACCUGCUCAGACUGUGGGAGCAGAUUCACUCAUUUAUCCAGCCUACAGAGACAUCAGCGAGUUCACACUGGGGAGAAGCCGUUCAUCUGCUUCGUCUGUGGGAAGAGAUUCACUGAGUCAUCCAGAUUACUGGAACAUCAGCGAGUUCACACUGGAGAGAGGCCAUUCACCUGCUCAGAAUGUGGGAAGAGAUUCACUCGCUCUUCCACACUACAGAGACAUCAGCGAGGAGUUCACAUCAGGGAGCGGCCAUUCACUUGCUCAGUCUGUGGGAAGAGAUUCAUUAAAUCAUCCCACCUGCUGAGUCAUCAGCGAGUUCACACUGGGGAGAAGCCGUUCACCUGCUCAGAAUGUGGGAAGGGAUUCUCUGAGUUAUCCAACCUACAGAAUCAUCAGCGAGUUCACACUGGGGAGAAGCCAUUCACCUGCUCAGAAUGUGGGAAGGGAUUCACUCAGUCAUCCCACCUGCAGAGACACCAGCGAGUUCACACUGGGGAGAAGCCGUUCACCUGCUCAGACUGUGGGAAGAGCUUCACUCACUUAUGCAACCUACAGAAUCAUCAGCCAGUUCACACUGGGGAGAGGCCAUUCACCUGCUCAGAAUGUGGGAAGGGAUUUACUCAGUCAUCCAGCCUACUGAGUCAUCAGCGAGUUCACACUGGGGAGAGGCCCUUCACCUGCUCAGAAUGUGGUAAGGGAUUCACUCAGUCAUCCCAUCUGAAGGUUCAUCAGCGAGUUCACACUGGGGAGAAGCCAUUCAUCUGCUCAGUCUGUGGAAAGGGAUUCACUGAUUCAUCCACCCGGCAGAAACAUCAGCGAGUUCACACUGGGGAGAAGUCGUUCACCUGCUCAGAAUGUGGGAAGGGAUUCACGGAUUCAUCCUGCCUACUGGUACAUCAGCGAGUUCACACUAGGGAGAAGCCGUUCACCUGCUCAGAAUGUGGGAAGGGAUUCACUCAGUCAUCCCACCUGCAGAGACAUCAGCGAGUUCACACUGGGGAGAAGCCAUUCAAAUGCUCAGAAUGUGGGAAGAGAUUCACUCAAUCUUCCACCCUACAGGCACACCAGCGAAUUCACACUGGGGAGAAGCCAUUCACUUGCUCAGUCUGUGGGAAACAAUUCACUCUGUCAUUCCAACUACUGAAACACCAGCGAGUUCACACAGGGGAAAGGCCGUUCGCCUGCUCAAAAUGUGGGAAGAGAUUCGCUGGAUCAUCCAACCUACAGAGACAUCAGCAAGUUCACACUGGGGAGAAGCCGUUCACUUGCUCAGUCUGUGGGAAAGGAUUCACUCAGUCGUCCCAACUACUGGCUCACCAGUCAAUUCACAAUGGGGAGUGGCCAUAGUUAUGAAUCCCCGGGUUUCGUUUGCUGUGGGCUGUCAUUUUAAGAGAGAGCGAGAGAGAUUAAGAAGGUGAAUCAGUCCGACUUGCAGCUUGUUUACAUUGCUCGCAGCUUGUUUCCUUUUAACCAAGGACACAGACAAUCAGAGUCAGACGGAGACGAAGGAGGAAAAAUGGAAGGAUCGAAACCAGGGAACUAGAGGCCAAGGGUCACUGUUUGGAACUUUCCUAUGCCCACAAGGGUGGGUUAAUUAUCGAUUCACCAUACAUCGUAUGUGUAGUUGUCACCGCGUUUGAUCCAUAGGAGUGGAUCUGAUUUGUGGUGUCCUAUGAAGACCACAGAUGUGUUAACCCUUCCCUGGGUGUGGUGUGGUAAUUCACUUGAAGAUGAUACCGCUUGUGACAAGUCACUUUCGGUGAUAAAUCUUAUGAGGGUUUGGAAUGACGACAAAUAAAAUCGAUAGCGACUGUUGUGUGGUUUUACCACCAUGGAACCUGUGGAAUUCAACAUAAUUGCCUUCUCUCAACAUUUACCCUGGAUUACAAAUAUCUCUCUCAUCACCUGAACUUUCAUACUUUGCUAUCUCAAGAAUCCAAGCCUUGUUUCUCCAGAGCUCAAUAGUUUGGGAGUUUUAUUUAAACACAUAUAUACACAUAACAUUGUUAACUUUUGUUUAUCUUGCAUAAGUUACUAUAUUACAAGUAGAUUCUAAUAAAGAUAGUUUUAACAUUAAAAACAGACUCCAGGUAUAGUCUAUUGCUGCUGGUUCAUUUCUAAAACGUUAUGAUUCGUAACAAAAUUGGGGCCUGCAUCCAGUAUAUGAACAGAUUUGGGGGCGUAUUCAUUAAUUAUCAAUUUCAUCCCUUUUCAUUUAUUGGUGUGUGGAAAAUCAGCAGCAAUGGAUGCUGACCAACCUCUGAGGCAUUAGAGGAUGCCAGAAGGAUUGAGUUGUUGAGACUUGCUAGAAGGUUAAAACUUGCUAAGGUGAAAUUGACAAUGAGGAGGGCACAGAUGCAGAGGAUAAUAGCUGAACAUUAUGUAUCUGAGGGUGUGUUUAAAGUGGAGGAGUUGGAGGUGUUUCCUGAAAGUAAACCUAGUGAGCUUGAGCUCCAGUACAAGUGAGAAAAAUUAAACUGGAGGCUGCGGAAAGGCAGAGGCAGUUUGAGGCUAGAGAAGCAGAAAAAAACAGAGAAGAGGCAGAAAAAUAGAGGGAGGAAACAGAAAGACAGAGGCUGUUUGAGCUGGAAAAGAUAAAGAGGUUGCAGCAAAGGAGUCCAGCGUUUUUCUCUGGUGAUAAAUUUGAGGCCAGUUGGGAAGUUAAAUUGGUCCCUCCAUUUGACGAGGCAGAGAUUGAUAAAUACUUUCAGCAUUUUGAGAAGGUUGCUCAGAGUUUAAAGUGGCCAGAAGGGGUUUGGCUUAUUCUCUUACAAAGUGUAAUUAAGGGGAAGGCUCAGCAAGCCUAUUCUGCUUUGACAGUUGAUGAAGCAGCUGAUUAUGACAUAGUGAAACAGGCUGUGCUCAAAGCUACGAGUUUGUCCCAGAAUCAUACAGGCAAAAGUUUAGAAAUUUGAGGAAAUCCGUGAACCAGACUUUUAUGGAAUUUGCUUAUGAGAAGAUAGUGUGUUUUGACCGCUGGUGCACAUAUAAAAAUGUGAAUGAUGAUUUUAACAGCUUGAAAGAGUUGGCUUUAAUUGAAGAAUUCAAAAGGUGCGUCCCUGAUGACAUAAAGAGAUAUUUAGAAGAAAAGGAUGCUGCCACUUUGCAGGAGUCUGGGAAACAGUUGAAGGAGAAAUAUUCUGGUCUUACUUGUUACUAUUGUAAGAAAGCUGGACAUGUGAUGGCUGAUUGUUCAGUCCUGAAGAUGAAAAAGGAAAAUGAGGCAGUCCCAAAUGCCCGUGGUCAGUAUGUUGAAGCACCUAUA